AUGUACCCGUGCAUCUUUUCAGCUCGUACUUACAUUGAAGAUCAUGACGAGGAUGACGACGUUACGAAAAGUAGUGAAGCUUUAAGGGCUGAACACGAGACACUUGACACGUAUUUAAUGACACUUAAGAAGUACAAUCCACCCAUUAAAACAGGUCUUAAAGGUCUUAAUAUUGUCCAUGACCCACUAUACAAUAAAGGCACGGGCUUUCCGCACGUCGAACGUGACCGUCUCGGUCUACGUGGUCUAGUACCGCCUCGUCGUCUUACAAUGGAAGCACAGCUUACUAAACUGUACGAUACUUUUUCUGAGCAAAAGGACCCAUUAAGCCAAAGCCGCUUCCUUACGGAUCUACACGACCGCAAUGAGACGCUGUUUUUUCGUCUUUUGAUCAAACACAUGAAGGAAAUGGCUCCUAUCGUGUACACCCCGACAGUUGGUUUAGUAUGCCAAAAGUUUGGCCACUUGUUCCGUCGGCCGCGUGGUAUGUUUUUUAGUACGCGCGACCGCAGCCAGUUUGGUGCUAUGGUGCACAACUGGCCGUCUGACGACGUGGAAGUGAUUGUGGUCACAGACGGCAGCCGUAUCUUAGGUCUCGGUGAUCUUGGUGUAAACGGCAUGGGCAUCCCGAUUGGAAAGCUGGCGUUAUACACGGCGGCUGGUGGCAUUGAUCCACGAAAAGUGCUUCCAGUAAUGCUCGACACGGGUACCAACAACAAGACGCUUCUUGAGGACCCAUACUACCUUGGUGUGCAGCAGCCGCGUCUCACUGGUGAGGCUUUCUGGUCGAUGGUGGAUGAGUUCAUGCGUGCUGUGCGCCACCGCUGGCCCAAGGUGCUGGUGCAGUUUGAGGAUUUCUCGAGUGAGCACGCUGCAGACGUACUUAACGCGUACCGCCUGAAGCAGCUCUGUUUUAAUGAUGACAUCCAGGGUACGGGUGCCACAGUGUUGUCUGGUGCUUUGAGCGCCUGCGAACGUGUACAAAUUCCGCUUAAGAACCAGCGUAUUGUGGUUCUUGGUGCCGGUAGCGCAGGAUUAGGUGUGGCUACCACCUUGCUUCAGGGUAUGUUGCGCGAAGGCAUGACGACUGAGGAGGCUCGCGAACGCUUCUACAUUGUGGACCAGUAUGGAUUGCUGGGCGAGUCCCGCGACUCGCUAAACUCCGGCCAGCAGUUUUUCUCGCGCAAAGACAUUGCUGACAAAACGGGCCUUGUCGACGUAAUCAAGCAAGCAAAGCCCACGAUGCUCAUGGGUUUAAGUGCCGCUGCUGGUGCCUUCACACAAGAGGCUGUCGAGGAAAUGGCGAAGCAUGCCGAGCAGCCGAUUGUGUUUCCAUUGUCAAACCCCACCUCUGUGGCGGAGUGCACAGCUAAGCAGGCUUUUGAGUGGACCAAGGGCAAGUGCGUGUUUGCAAGUGGCAGUCCCUUUCCGCCUGUCAUGUACAACGGCACGCAGUACAACAUCAGUCAAUGCAACAAUAUGUUCAUCUUUCCGGGUGUGGGUCUUGCGGCUUCAGUAAUUCAAGCGACCCGUGUCACGGAUGGCAUGCUCUACGCUGCUGCCAAGGCCUUGUCGCAAUGUAUGACGCCGGACGAGAUUGCGAGUGGCCAGGUGUUCCCGUCCGUAGAAAACAUCCGUGAAGUGUCGCUCAAGGUGGCCACGGCUGUCUGUAAGACUGCUCUUGAAGAAGACGUGGCAGGCCUUCGACCGACAAUCCGCCGCGGCGCAACGCUUGAAGACUUCAUCGCGUCUAAGAUGUACUAUCCAACGUACCAUGCGCUGGUAGAGUAA